CAAGCAUUGACUGAUUGGCAAAGCACCGACAACAGCAAGAAGACAGAUAUACAAUUGCGGAACAAGACAUAUAUAACAGCCACUUCGACGACCCCUGAAUAUCUCAAGAAUGUCCGACACCCCAAUCAGUCCUACCACAGGGAGACCAAAGUCAAAGACCUAUGAAGGCCAAUGUCACUGCGGUAGGAUCAAGUUCAGCAUGAAGCACUCACCUCCCAUUGAGGAUGGACCAGUAACAAGCUGCAACUGCUCCAUAUGCCAUGCGAACGGCUACCUAAUGGUCUACCCGCUCGAGACCAACAUCACCUGGAUCUCGGGUAAAGACGACAUGACAAGCUACGUCUUUGGCAAAGAACGAAUCGCACAUUCCUUCUGCCCGACUUGCGGGACCAGUAUUGGCGGGAAGUCAACGGAUCCGAACUUCUUUGCUGAUAACCGUGCUGUCAAUGUCCGCACCCUCCAAAACCUUGACGUCGACGUCGACAGUCUCAAACUCAGGAAAGUAGAUGGUCGUGCUUCAUGAGCACUACAAUCUCCGACUCCGGACAAGGAGGAUCCCGUACUGAUGUCUCUCGCGGGAACACAGAAAAGUCAAUGGCCGCAUUAUCGCUACACCUAACCCUGAGGAGUUCCAGAAGCCGGGCUUUAGGUUGAACGAGGUAUGAAAAACAACGAGAGACAUAUGUAGCUAGCGGGAAGGUUUGCUAGGUCAAAGAAGAACCCGAGGAGGAUAUGCCAACAGUUGAUAUAUCAAAGGCUGGGUAUCGCACAACAAUAGCAAGUCGCACUCCUGAGUAUUGAUAUUGUGUAUCUGAAGCGGUGCAUUCUAGAG